AUGGUGCCGCAAGCAAAGGAGACUCUGGCGUGUUGCGAAAGCUGCUCCGCCGCGGAGGAGACGUUAAUGCAGUGGACGGCCAAAGAAGAACAGCCUUGCAUCUUGCAGCGAGUAAUGGGCACCGAAAGAGGCGAUGUUAAUGCGGUGAAAGUAUUGGUGGAACAAGGUGGUCGAUUGAAGAUCAACCAGCUGAACAGCAUUGAUGAGGAGAGUGCACUUUGCGUGGCUGUCCGUAAUCAAAGCUUAAAUAUUCCGGACAUCUUGCUUCAGCAUCCUGAUAUCAACCUCAAUUUGACCAAUCGUUGGGGCGAUACCGCGCUGGGGUUGGCAGUCAAAGGAGGAGACGUAAAAAUAGUCAAAAGGCUGCUCCAGGACUCGAAACGUGUUUCAAACCUGAAAGUUCCAGCUCUCCUUGCUAGAUCCCGCAACAGUCAUGCUGUGAAGAAGCUCAUUGAAGAUGAGAUAGAGCGGAAAAGACGGGACAGCUGUUAUCCAAGCCAAGAUCAGCUAUUCACAAGACAUGUGAGGUUUGCCUACAUCUAA